AUGUCAGACACCAAGCAACCUGUGGCCUUCAUCGGCCUCGGGGCCAUGGGCUUCGGCAUGGCCACUCACCUCAUCAAGCAAGGCUACCCUGUAACCGGCUUUGACGUCUGGCCCCCAACCCUAGAGAAGUUCACCUCCGCCGGCGGUCUCACAGCGUCCACACCAGCAUCCGCCGUGGCCGACAAGCCACUCUGUGUCUGCAUGGUAGCCACUGCGCAACAAGCCCAAUCUGUGCUCAUCGACGGGCCGGACGCCGCCGCUCCAGCUCUGCCCCAAGGGGCGGUCCUCCUCCUCUGCUCCACCGUCCCCUGUGACUAUGUUCAAUCUCUUGCGAAGCAGCUCUCCGCCAUUGGCCGUCCGGACAUCCAUCUGAUCGACUGCCCUGUCUCUGGCGGUGCCGCCCGCGCCGCCGACGGUACCCUUUCCAUCAUGGCGGGCGUGCCGUCUGAGAAGGCCCUGGGCAAAUCCAAGCCGCUGCUGGAAGAGCUUGCCGAUCCAGCCAAGUUGUACAUUGUCCAAGGCGGCAUCGGCGCCGGCAGCAACAUGAAAAUGGUGCACCAGGUGCUUGCGGCUGUGCAAAUCCUCGCAGCGAGCGAGGCCAUGGGGUUGGCCACUCAUUUGGGACUGGACUUGGCAAGAACGAACGAGGCCGUGCUCGAAUCGGACGCGUGGAACUGGAUGUUUGAACACCGGACGCCGAGGAUGUUGACGGGCUAUCAGCCCAUUGCGAGUGCGACGGUGAUUAUCGUCAAGGACACAAGCAUCAUCACUGCCGAGGCCAGGAGGAGCGGAUUCCCCACGCUGAUGACGAGCGUGGCCGAGCAGGUGUAUUUUACUGCCGUAGGAAGGGGGUACGGAGCGGACGACGACAGUGGGCUGGUAAGGCUGUAUGCAGAAGGCAAGGGCAAGGUUGGACCGGUUCAAGGAACUGCUGCGAGUGGCGAGGAGAAGCUAGCACUGGUGAUCGGACUCUUGAAGGGGAUAUUGCUCUGCUCGGCGGCGGAGGCCCUGGCUUUCGCUGAUAAGGUUGGGCUGGACCUCGAUCAGGUGUUUGAUCUGUGUAUCAACGCGGCCGGAGGAAGUCAGAUGCUGAAGAAGCAUGGGCCCAGUAUCAUCAAGGCUUUCCGGGAGGGCACGGCGAGGCAGGGAUGGGCUGCUGCCGAAAGCGAGACAAGUCUCAAGGAGAUUGCCGAUGGUCUUUCUGCGGCUGUUGAGGAGGCUCAAAGACUCAAGGCGCCCGUUUUCUUGGGCAGCCAGGCGUUGAAUGUCGUCCGGGUUGCGCUGCAGUCGAGCCCAGAUGGAGUUGCGGCGGGGGCUGUUGUGAAGAGAGUUUGUUUGUCGGUUGUACCCAGUUAUCGUAGUAAAGUCGAAACGUGUUGCUCCAACUGCCCGUUUUGUGACUAUCAAAGCCGGUCGUCGUCAUCAGCCUUGCCGUCUUCAAUGGAGAAAGCGUUCCGCCCUCACUUCUUCAACCACGGGAAGCCAGAUGCCAACCCAAAAGAGAAAAAGAAUUGCCACUGGUGCCAGAUCCGAUCCUUCGCAACCCAUGCGCAGCUGCCCAUCUCCAUCGUCAACCGCGAAGACGACGCCUUUCUCAACCCCAACUUCCGUUUUAUCGACCACUCCAUCAUAGGCAAAAACGUUCCCGUGGCCGACCAGUCUUUCCGAGUAGGCUGCUCCUGCGCUAGCGAUGAAGAGUGCAUGUACUCGACAUGUCAGUGUCUCGACGAGAUGGCGCCAGAUAGCGACGAGGAAGCUGAUCCCUACACCCGGAAGAAGCGAUUUGCCUACUACUCUCAAGGAGCGAAAAAGGGACUAUUGCGUGAUAGGGUCUUGCAAUCCCAGGAGCCCAUCUACGAGUGCCACCAAGGUUGCGCCUGUUCCAAGGACUGCCCAAACCGGGUGGUAGAGCGUGGCCGGACCGUGCCCUUACAGAUCUUUAGAACCAAAGACAGGGGCUGGGGCGUCAAAUGUCCCGUCAAUAUCAAGAGGGGGCAGUUCGUGGACCGGUACUUGGGCGAAAUCAUUACCAGCGAGGAGGCCGACCGGCGACGAGCUGAAUCGACCAUUGCUAGACGAAAGGAUGUCUACUUGUUUGCCCUCGACAAGUUUUCCGAUCCGGAUUCACUAGACCCCUUGCUGGCCGGACAGCCGCUAGAGGUUGACGGCGAGUAUAUGAGUGGCCCUACCAGGUUCAUCAACCACAGCUGCGACCCCAAUAUGGCCAUCUUUGCGCGGGUGGGCGAUCACGCUGACAAGCAUAUUCACGACCUUGCCCUGUUCGCCAUCAAGGAUAUCCCCAAGGGGACCGAGUUGACAUUCGACUAUGUCAACGGAUUGACAGGGCUCGAAAGCGACGCGCAUGACCCAUCAAAGAUCUCGGAGAUGACCAAAUGUCUCUGCGGAACUGCCAAGUGCAGAGGCUAUCUGUGGUAA